AUGACUCUGGUGUCGCUGUUGCUCUGGUCCGCAGUAAUUGCAUACGGAAGCUCAGAAAAUUUUUUAAAAAAUGAUCCCACUUCAUCAGGCUUCAACGUAACGGAAUGUGGGCCCCUCGACAUUGGACUAAUAAUCGAUGCAUCCGGAAGUAUUGGGCCUCGUAGAUUCACCACCAUGUUGACCUUCCUGUCAGAUGCAUUGCGAGGCGGAGAUUACGAGAAAACGCUAAGAGUAUCCGCUCUUACCUUCUCAAAAAGAAGCACUGUAGAGUUUCUCUUCAAUACCCACAUUAAUAAGCCAGACCCUGAGCAGGAAAUCUUAAACAACAUUGCCGAGAUGGUGUACACCAAAGGUGUCACUAACACUUCCGGCGCCUUGCGUUUGGCACGUGCAGAGUUGUUCCAGCAACAAAAUGGUGAUCGGGAGGAAGUCCAGAACCUAGCAGUGAUAAUCACGGACGGUAAUUCUAAUGUGGAUCGGGAUCCAAUUCAAGAUGCUGAUAAAUUAAAAGACGAUGGCGUCUAUAUUUUUGGAAUCGCUGUGGGGACAGAUAAAAGCAUCAACGUUGCCGAGAUAGAGUCAAUUGUUUCCGAUCCCGACGAGUUGGUGAGACUGAAGACGUACAAUGACCUCAUUCCCUUUAGAGAGACCAUCAUUAAGAGGAUGUGUAAACCUUUUGAACCUCCAAAGAAUUGUAAAGAAGGUGAAGUGAGAAGAGAAAAAUGCCGUAAGAUGCAAUGUGUCAAUGACAUCUGGAAACAUGUAGGCUUCUACGGUUGUUGCUUCAAGGGUCGAUUUCUCAACUGGGGUCAAGAUCUGAUUUUUGAGUGUGACAAAUACAGAUGUUACAAGGACGGGGAUUGUAAUGAUAACGUCUGUGAACAUUACCAAGUCACCAAAGUUUCUGAUGGCUGCCAGGUAGGAGAUCGUUGUGUCGCUGAAGGAGUGUCUGUUGUUGAAGAAAAUGCAUGCGAAACCUACAAAUGCGUUGAUGGAGUUUAUACGAUGAUACAGAAAGAUUGUUUGGAUCCAAAUGGAACAUGCGUUCAGGUGGGCGGUACUUACACAGAACACUGCGUGACGUACCAGUGUCAGGCUGUUGAUGGGAUGGUUGAAUUUAGACCUAUUCGUACAGGUUGUUCCUACAAUGGAAACUGUUAUAACCUCGGCGCCACUGUCGUGGAGGAUUGCAACACACUUGUUUGUUGUUUCGACGAUUUCUCGCAGCGCUAUGACUUCGUCCUACAGAAACAAGGUUGUAAUGAUAACGGUCGUUGUCGUAGCGUGGGAGAUACCUGGGUCAAUCUGCAGAUGUGUAUCCGGUAUAAAUGUGUUUAUAACAAAAAGCUGCAAAGAGUCAUCAUUAGGGAGCGGUCAAUGGGCUGUCAGGGAGACAACGGCUGUGUAAAGAAAGGAACGGAAGUCAGUUCUCAAGGGUGUAUCAAAUACGUCUGCAACAAAAAGGGGGAUCUCCAGGUCAUCUCUGUCGGAUGUGAAUUCAACGGUUAUUGUAAGGCAGUGAAUGAGACUUGGCCAUCCACUGCUGAAAAAUGCACGACUUACAUAUGUAGGGCGGACGUAGCGGACGACGGAACUCCAACAUCAUACAUAGAGAGAACGCAAGAUUGUCACGAUUUUAAUGGGAAUUGUGUCAAAGUGGGCGGAAUAGUGCAGGACAACUGUAACACAUAUAAAUGUGACCCCAAUGGACACAUGGUCCCAACAUCUUUCAAAUGUUCAUACAAAGGGCGUUGUUACGAUAUCGGAGCAGUAUGGGUUGAUAACAACUCUUGCCAUCGACUCAAAUGUAGAAAGAAGAGGAAGUCACCCAUUCCAAGAAUCAUCAAAAAAAGAAUUGGAUGCGUUGAUGAGAACGGAAAGUGCUACCUUGUGAACGGGACUAAGGACUUAGAAAACAGCUGUCUUAAGUAUAAAUGCUACGAGGACCGAGUGCUACGACAGGAAGUGUGUGAGUAUAAGCAUAAAUGUUAUGCUGUUGGUGAUACAUGGGUGGACAAGGAUGAUUGCGUCACUGUGAAAUGCGUCCGAGAUCCAUGCGGAUGUGCACAAGUGGAAACAGAACCUUAUGGAUGUUUUGUGAAUCAUGUUUGUCACGACCCUGGUUACACAUACACGAAGGACUGUCAACAGUACGAGUGCAUAGGAGGAGGAGCGGGUUUCCAUGUGACUCAAGCAGCUUGUGUAUGGAAGGGGAAAUGCAAGGCAAAGGGAGAAACGUGGUUCGAUACUCAAACAUGUACAAAAUACGGUUGUAUUGAAGAUGAAGACGGAUUGGAUGUUACUGAAAUCACAUACGGAUGUACCAGCGAGAGCAAUCAUUGUAUUGGGGGAGGUGCCCAGCAUGGCGAUGGGUGUAACAAGUAUAAAUGUGUUGACGGGAAACUACAGGUUUUAGCAGAGGGAUGUGAUUUUAACGGCGGUUGUUUGGAAGCGGGCAAGAAAUAUUUUGAUAGGGUGAACUGUGUGUUGUAUAAUUGUGUCGUUAAAAAUACAACAGAGGGAUCUAUAUACACCCAACUUAAGGAAAGAUGGGGUUGUCUGGAUUAUGAUAAAUGUUACCUACCGACCUGGAAGAAAACAGAGGACUGUACUACCUACCGAUGUAGAGGGAAGACCCGAUCGUUCUCCGUCUUCAGGACAGAUUGUGAGUGGAUGGGGAAAUGCAUGACUCUUAAUUCUACCUGGGAACACCCCACCCAAUGCGUGAAGUACACGUGCAGUAUCUCAGAAUCCACUGGUGUUGCCCAUGUGUCCAGCAGUCAGUAUGGUUGUAAGGAUGAAUCGGGAAAAUGCCAUGCGUUUGGAACACAGAUUCACUCGAAAAAGUGUGUAACAAUGGAAUGUCAAAUGCGACCCGAGGGACCAGCCUUCAUUCCCACUGAAGUCGGCUGUAAAUUUAGAAGACGUUGUAAGAAACUUGAUUCUACCUGGAUAAACAGAAGAGCAUGCGUCCAACAAACCUGUCAACAGCUCGACGAGGCGUCACCCCCAACCAUUAUCAACGUUCCCUACGGAUGUCGAGACAUGAAGAAGAGGUGUAGACCCUUUGGUUACGUUGCAAUGGAUUCAAAUAACGGUUGCACACACUACACAUGUACACCGUAUGAGAUUUUCUCCCCCACUGUAACAGGAUGUUCAUGGGAGGGUCAGUGUAAAAGAGAGAACGAAGUAUGGUACGAUGAAAAAACGUGUACAACACAUAGAUGUGUCCGAGAAAAUCUGGGACCUGGUAAUGUCGAGAUGCAUGUAGAAUCCGACAAAGGUUGCGAAUUAAAUGGACGUUGUUUGAAGCCAAAUGAGCAAGUUCAGAGUGGAUGUGCAGCCUACAAGUGUGAUCCUAGUGGUUAUCUUAUGGUUAUCGACAUGCUAGGUUGUGUUUACGAUGGGGAAUGUAAAGCAAUUAAUUCGACUUGGUUUGACCCCAAGACAUGUACUACUUACACGUGUGUAUACGACAGUGAUGUCCACGACAUAUCAAUAGUAGAAAAAACAGGCUGUAAAGGUGACAAUGGUAGAUGCUUUACAACCGGAGAGGGUACAGUGGAGGGCUGUAACAAAUACCUCUGCAGCGAGACGUCGAACUUCAAACCAACCCAGAUCAGAUGCGAGUUUCAAGGUGAAUGCAAGGAAAUUGACAGCACCUGGACAGAGGGAUGCAUUACAUAUACGUGUAAAUUGAUAGCAAGAGGACCUGACUAUGUCCAGACCAAAGUAAUCGAGUCACACGGUUGUGUCGGUGAAAACGGUCACUGUUACAAAGUUGGAGACGACAUAAUCCAGAGAGGCUGUUCCAGAUCCACGUGUAAACCAGGGGGCAUUGUGCAAGAAACAGAGUUUGGUUGUAUCGGACCUAACGACCAGUGUAUGGAUCCUGGGUCAAAGAUAGUGUUAGAAUGUGUAACUUACGUGUGUGAUGGAGAGGCUAAAAGUUUGGUUCCUAUCGGUAAAGGUUGCAUCUGGAACGGAGAGUGUAAACCAGUUGACACUAAGUGGUUUGACAAGGAGACAUGUCGAGGGUAUACGUGUGCUAUGGACAUAGCAGACAAUGAUGUCAAAAUAAUUGAAAGAACGAUUGGUUGCACUGUCGAUGGAAAGUGCAAGCGCUCUAGAACCUCUCAUAUGAAGGACUGUGUGCAGUAUCGGUGUACCACCAGGGGUGAGCUGAUUCCCAAGAAGAUCUCGUGUGAGUGGGAUGGAGAGUGUAAAGAUGUUGGUAGCACGUGGACAAAGAACUGCAUUCAUUAUAAAUGUGUUAUUACACAGGAGGGACCAGAUUACGUCCAAACGGAAGUCAUACAGCGAAGAGGUUGCAUCGAUUCGUAUGGAAGGUGCCACAGUGUAAUGGACGAAGUGUCGUUUGGUUGUAAUAAAUACCGAUGUGAAAUGGGAGGAUCUAUGGUGCUCAUUGCCUCGGGUUGUAUGGAUAGAUAUGGUAGAUGUAUGAAACCUGGAGAGCUAGUAGAGGAACUUGAUGGAUCAACUCAUAAAUGUGUCUGUGAUGGGUCCUCGUGUGUUGUCGUUACUGAAGUGAAGGGAUGCAAAUUGAACGGAACUCUUUACCCCUUCGGCCACACAAUGAAAGAAGGAUGUACUGUGUACGAAUGUCAGAAAUACGAUAGAUGUGGCAUGUAUGUGCCUAUACAAUGGGGUUGUUACUGGGUGGACAGAUGUUACAGUCCUGGGGAUAAGUGGAAGUCAGAAAAAGGCUGCUCCAUCUACACCUGCACAAUGAACCAGAAACCCAACGGAGAUGUAGACAUGAUAGUGUCCAGAGAUAUAGGUUGUCCACAUGACGAUGAGUGUAAAUUGAACGGCGAAGUUUGGAGAGACGGAUGUUUUGAGAAAAAAUGCAAAGUUAGAAACACCAAAGACGGUUCAAGAGAAUCCUCCAUUAAGAUCAUCAGUGGUGCCUGUCAGGAGGGGUUAGGUGAUGGUAUGAUUUGUCACAGCGUUGGCUCCAUAUGGGAGGAACAGCACUACGACGGCUGCUUCAAGAAACAGUGCUCAAAGGACCAGGUGCAGGAGAACAAAUACAUCACCACCAUCAUAGGCUCAGCAUGUCGGGAUGCCUAUGGCGCUUGUCGGCCAGUGGGAUCCACCGGUUUUUCUGCCUAUGUUAACGGUCAGCUUAAUGAUGACUGCAAGUGUUCAGCCGUGGAUGGAGAUGUUAAGACAGUCAAAUACGAAUGUGGUGGUCCAGAACCAAUCAUGUGUCAACAAGAUUGUUGAAUGUUUGUUUUGUGAUUUCAAAUAAAAAUAAUAAGUUUUGU